AUGGCAGUCAGACGACAUUUGCGGCGCCGACGUCGCCGUCGAAAUUCCAUUUUAAGAAGAAUGAACGACCGUUCUAAUCCACUGGAAACUCUUAAUGAAGCUGAGGUAUUUGAAAUGUACCGGUUUGUCCCAGAAACAAUUAUGUUUAUCGUUGGUCUUAUUCAAGACCAACUGCUUUAUGACAGCCAGCGGAACAACACCCUCACACCCUUGUACCAGGUUUUGGUUGCCCUUCGGUAUUUUGCAACGGGGUCAUUUUACAUCACUCUUGGGGACACUUUGUCUGUAUCCAAGAGUACGGCAGGGAGAGCGGUGCGCAGGGUGACAGACCUUCUAUGCACACAGUUAGGAUUCCCAAGUAUUGUUGGAUGCGUGGAUGGAACCAUGAUAAAAAUUAUUGCUCCAGCUGAAAAUGAAUCUGAUUAUCUAUGCCGUAAAGGUUACUAUGCUCUUAAUAUACAGAUGACAUGUGAUCCACUAUUUAGAGUCCUUGAUGUUGUAGCAAGGUGGCCUGGGAGUGUCCAUGAUGCUCGAAUCUUUAGGGAAUCGAGCUUGUGCAAAAUGAUGGAAGAAGGACAGCUAUCAGGGAUUCUCCUUGGGGAUUCAGGAUACGGCCUAAAACCGUAUCUCAUGACCCCUUACAUGGCAGAGGAUGCCCCUGGGAAUAGGCGAUUUAACACAGCACAUUGCAGAACAAGGGUUAUCAUAGAGCAGACCUUCGGCAUUCUUAAAAAAAGAUUUUAUGCCCUCCACUGUGGCCUUAGAACCAAGCCGGAGAGAGCUUGCAGAAUUGUAACAGCAUGUACCAUCCUUCAUAACAUCGGCAUUGAGCGAAGGGAUAUUCUUCAAGAUGCCGAUGUUAUGAAUGAUGUGUGUGCCAUGGCUGAUGACCUUCAAGUGCAAGAUGAUGCUGUUGGACGCACUGUGAGGGACCAUAUCAGAGACACUUACUUCUUAUGA